UUUUCAUAUUUCUUACAUUUUAAUUUUUUUUUAAAUAAUUAAAAAAAACCCUUUGAUUGAGUUAAAACAUUUUCAACUAUGAAGAAGUAAAAAAAACCUUUGGAGUACCUUUGUAUUUAUUUCAACCGUAUGCAUAUAAAAAAAUCGUAUAAUUACACAUUAAUUAAUAUUACCAAUGAGUCAAAAAACUUUUGGAAUGCCAAUUAUUACAGCCGUAAAAACAUUCAAUGUUUUAAUAAGUUCAAGGUCUAGAAUUUUCUUUAAGUAUUUCCUAUAUAAAUUCAUACACUCUUAACCCCUUACUACUCCAUUUCCCUACGAAAUUCUNAUUUAUUUCAACCGUAUGCAUAUAAAAAAAUCGUAUAAUUACACAUUAAUUAAUAUUACCAAUGAGUCAAAAAACUUUUGGAAUGCCAAUUAUUACAGCCGUAAAAACAUUCAAUGUUUUAAUAAGUUCAAGGUCUAGAAUUUUCUUUAAGUAUUUCCUAUAUAAAUUCAUACACUCUUAACCCCUUACUACUCCAUUUCCCUACGAAAUUCUUUAAAAAAGUUACACUUCUACGACUUACACUGAAGCUUGGAAUCAAUGGUAGACUGUGAGGAGAUGUAUAUGGAGGUAUAUUAAUUUUUAUAUUGGUUUCAAUAAGUAUUUCUUUAGAGUAUAACUUAUUGAUCAUUACAUAAAGUCUUUUGAAAAUCGUCAUUUUAACUCUAGGAAAGUAGUAAUUAAAUGUUUAAAAACAUACCUACCUCUUUUAUUUAUAGAUUAUAUUUCCUUGGAUAUUUCUAAUUGAAACCAAUUCUGCAUUGUCCUGUGACAAGAUGAAUGACUUAUAUUAAACAAAGAUAAAUGUGUGGGUGUGUGUUGUAAAUUUACUCAUUUUUAAAACCAUUACAAGAGCAGUUAUCUUAUUCUGGAAUUGUUCUAUAUUUGAAAAAAAUAUGUUUUAAUUAUGAAGCAAAAUUAAAUAUGAAAGAUACACCCCUUUAAUGACAACUAUCACUGACUUUUUAUAUUCUCUUCUUUUACAGAUUGAUACAUUAAAUAAAUGAUUAAAAUAUAUAUAAUACCUUGCCGAUAACAUGGAGAAUUUAAUUUCAUGAAAUGUUCUUCGGCUAGAGUUCCACACGCCUGCUUCAAAAUGUAACUACAAAACAAGAUUUACAACCAAAAAAGCAAAAAAAAAAGUCUUUUAAUCCGAACAACCCAGAUUCAGGGUAGAAAAAAAAUAGACAAUGGAAUUUAGACUUGAAAAAAUAGAACCUCAUGCAUGUUUUAAAGAACCAGAAAUUUUAUAUCUUAAAAAAUGAAAUGACUUCCAUGGAAGAGACCAUAAGCAAUUAAUCAAGAAAUCCUAAUUUACCCACUAAAGUAAAAAAACAAAAACGCAAAAAAAAAAAAUUAAAUGCUUUAGAUCUAAGUAUUCUAAAAAGAUUUGUGUUCCCUGCUCUGUCCCCCUUUAGAUCUGGACAAAAAACAGCGUGCAUGUUUUAAAACAUUGAUAUUUUAAAUUUUACAACCAAAAAAUUUCAAAUUUAUAUAUUGGACAUAUGAAAUAAAAAAGUUUUUGAUUUCUCCCUUCAAACUUGGUUAACAAUCACUACGGAGAAUUUAGAUCUGAAAAAUAAAGCAGAUGAUAUAGAACCUUACAAGGAAAUUUCAGUUUUAUAUAUAGGAGACAUGAAAUAAAAAAAAUGAUUUCUCCCUUCAAACUUGCUUAACAACCACUACGAAGACUCUAGAUCUGAAGAUGAAGCAAAUGAUAUAGGAAGAGAGAAAAUAAUGAAAAUAAAUGAGAACGAAAAAAGAGAAUGAAAACGGAAGAGAGAUGUUAAACCGAAAAUGGUGAGAUGAGAAAAAGGAAGAAAUGAACGAGUGGUGAAAAGAAAAUGGGAGGUUCCGGAUAAGGGGAAAGAAGAAUUGGAAAUGGCUGUGAGAGCAGGGUAUCGUAUCAUUGGAGGAAGGCAAAUAUGCUCUUCUCUGAUAUCCAUUCCUCGUCUGAGACACCAUCCUCAUCUUCCUCGCCCCGCUUCUUCUCAGAGGUUCCCAUCAUAUUCAAUUCAUCAGCCUGCAGGGUUUAAAUUUGAAAUUAGAUGUAUAAGUGAGAAGGCGGCUGGAAUGGGGAGAUUAAGAGAACCAUCAGGACCCGAGAAUUGGAAGAUUAAGAUGCUGUAUGAUGGAGAUUGUCCGCUUUGUAUGAGAGAGGUGAAGAUGCUGCAAGAGAGAAACAAGCAGUAUGGUACUAUCAAGUUUGUGGACAUAAGCUCCGAGGCUUACUCUCCGGACGAUAAUAUGGGGCUAGACUACAAAACGGUUAUGGGAAACAUUCAUGCCAUCCUCUCAGAUGGAAGUGUAGUUACUGAUGUCGAAGCAUUUAGAAAGUUGUAUGACACAGUUGGGCUGGGAUGGGUGUAUGCAAUAACCAAAUAUGAACCUAUUGGAACAAUUGCACGCGCUGUUUAUGGUGUUUGGGCUAAAUAUCGUCUCCAACUUACAGGCCGACCAUCUUUAGAAGAAGUUUUGGAAUUGCGGAGGAACAAGGAACAAGUAUGCAAUGAUAGAACAGACUGUAAACUUCCAAAAUAACUGCGGUAAAUACUGCCUGAAACGUUAAUCGAGUGUAGCGGUAGAUAAAAAUGGCCGGGGAGUUGCUAUCUGUUUGGACACAAUCUGUAAGAAGAUUUCAAGUGCUAUUGUAGUAGUCAUUGCAUUGCAUGUCUCCCAUCCAUACUCGGAAUGAUUUACAUUACAUGUUUACUUGCAAAAUUUACUGUAUGUAUCAAGGUUUAUC